AGACUCAAGACACCAUUAACUGGAGGCCACAGAACUAGGAAGAUGUCUGACCACUUAAAGAAACAUUUGACAACGCAGCUCGAUCUAUUGGACGAGUCAAGUUUUCAACUACAGAAUAGCAUCAGUGAUUACGUACAGCAGAUUAAAUCAAAAGCAAUUGGAUAUAGAGACAACACUACUGACACCAAUAUGACAGUGAAAGAUGCGCUUGUUAUGGUAGCUACAGCACAGAGUGUAAUAUUUGAACAUGUGAAUAUGAUGAAUGAAACCAUCAAGACAAAAACAGAGAGUAAAAGUUUUAUCUCAGCAGGUGAUUCUGAAACAAUAAGAAGACUAAAGGAUAUUGAAGCAACUCUAGCUUCUCUACAAGGCACACAACAAAAGACUGAAGAUGACAUAUCAGAAAUAAAACAAUGGAGAGACAACUUUAUAACAGAACAAAAUGGCUUAUGGAUAAAUAUUGACAAGAUGUUUAAAAAACAAAAACAUAAUUCUAAAAACAUUAGGAAAGAAAUACAUGAACAAGACAACAGAAUUGAUGAGUUUAAGAAAGAAAUUACAGAUUUAAAAGAAAGAGAAACAAAGACAGAGAAAGCACUAGAUAAACUAUCUCUAGAUCUAAGAGAGUACAAAAACAACAUAAAAAACAUCAACACAGAGAUGCAAGUUCACACGGAUAAGCAUGUUGUGAUGUGUAAACUUCUACAACAAAAAUUGAUUCCAAUUGAUAAAAUAAUUGAAACAUAUAAUCAAAACUAUGAGACUAGGGAAGGGAAAAUGAAAAAGAUUGAAACUUUGGAAAAAGAAGUUUUAAAGCUAUCACAGGAUCUUCAAUCUAUUGGCAAUCAACAAGUGAAACCUUCUACACUGGGGUUUAUUGCUUCACAAGGUCGCUUGGAAGGGAAAAUGUAUGACGGAUACCAAAUUAUUACAUUCAGUGCUGUAGAACGUAACGUAGGAAACCAUUUUGAUCCAAAGACUGGAGUGUUUACCGCCCCUGCUAAUGGCCUGUAUGAAGCAAGUCUUACAAUUAAAAAAACAGGAGCUCUUAAUGUAGGAGCUGGUGUUUAUCACAAAUCUGGUGGUAAGACGAAUUGGCUGGGGGAUGUUUGGACAAAAUCUAAAUCUGUUGAAGUUUCAAGGAAUUUUGAGGUUCGGGUGAGAUUGAGAACUGGAGAUGUUUUAUUUUCAGCAGCUAACUCACCGGAUUUGGAAUGUUCGCAUUUUUCUUGUUCCCUUCAGAAAUCAUGACACGACAUUUGGAAGGAGAUUAAUUGUAUUUAAACAAUAAAAUAUCAAUAUGUUGUACAAUUAUUAGCAUUUAUUAAAGUGUAAAUGUAGAAUAGAAUCCGAACUUGUUUUCAACAUAUUAGAAACUUUUAUUAGGACUUUUAUUGAUAGUCAUUACAUAUUAAACAUAUUAUUACUAUUUUGAUACUAAAUAUUUAGAUAUUUUCCUAAACAAUAGCAAACAAAUUGUUUUUCGUAGAUUGCCGAUCGUUUUUUGUUGUCGCUAGAGAUUGCUGAGUCACACAUGUUUUGUUUCUUAUUGUAAUCAGCCUUGUUCUGUAUUGUAUUAAAGAGUUAUCGCUUAAUUAACCGUCAGAAUUGUGUUGUCUACCUUGCUUAAUUUUUCUAAUGCCAGUUUCUAAUGCAGGUCUUAAUAAUAUUAAAGUUGCCUGUCUCUUUAGUAUUUUGUAAAUAACAAUAUUGCCCUUCAUAAUGAUUGGCUUAUUUCAUCCUUUACAUCCCGCCUAAUGUAACUAAAACAGAUCUUAGUUUAUAAUGCUUUUGUUACACCUGACCUAUCAUUUUUAUGGCUCGCUGA